AAUCUUCACAAUGUUCUGCUACAGUAACUUUCUGAGCUCAAGAUUCUAUCCUAUAUAUCACACACACCUCAAAGAGCUUCAUACAGACCGAACUUGUAAUACACUAAUUACCUAUUAUAAUAUCCCAUAAUGUUUUUUGACAACUUCAUCCCAGCCAUGGCCACCAUGGCUGCCCUAUCAGGCCUGGCACUAGCGGUCGAAAACUUCAAGCCAACCAUUAAGCCUAUGGCCUUUGACAUGUACGGCAUGGACAAAGAUCUCAGGCUGCACAUGCCACCCAUGUCAAUUUCGGACAUCAAAGUUGAGUCCUGGAUCCCGGGGAAGAUCCCUUACGCCUGUUUCAACGGCGAGGGCCUUGAGGGCACUUUUGCAAUGACGACGAUCAACCCAUGGGAGUUUCACGUUUUCAACGUCACCUUCAAGGACUGUGAUAGAUCCUGGGUCGUCUGCCGUCACUACAAUGCCGGCGCCACCGAGUUGGAAGUAGUCAAGGGAAUAAGCGCUAUGCCAGUCGGCAUCCGAGAAGCCGUCUCCGUCUUCACCGCAGUCCCGCUCAACAUGCCCGGCGGCGUGGCGGCGUGGGUGCACGACGGCGACACGAUGGUGGUGCAGGACCCAAUCUACUGGUCGUCGCCGUACCUGCUCAUGCACGAGGCCACGCACGCCCUCGACUGGACCACGCUGAGCCCGGCGCCCUUUGACCGCUUCUGGAGCUACGGGGACGAGUGGCGCGCCGCCAUCGACAGCGACGGCGUCGUGCCCAGCGUCUACGCCGCCAACGCCGCGGGACCCGAGCAGUUCAACCUGAGGGAGGACUUUGCCGAGGUCGGCGGCAUCGCGCUCUACGACCUCAACGUCCCCGGCGGCAUCGACGGGUUCCACAAAAACGCCUCGGCCAUCUCGGCGCAGCUGGCGCUGUACAAGAAGGUUGUCGGGGAGGCGCGCAUUGUCAAGGGUGGGAGGUGCUCGGCUGCAAAGGCCGAGGUCAGGAGGAUCGUGGAUAUUGCUGGGUUCAAGGAUGAUGAUGUCGUUGGCGAGGCGGAUGCGACCAAGAUGGCUGAUCAUGAUCUGACGGUCCCCCCUGUCGAGCCUCUCCUGAGUCAGGUUCGUUAAAAGGGGCGGCAACUCCGA